AGUGAACCUAAACAAAGUGUUUCUUUGGCCGGUUACGCAAAACCUCGCGCGGAAGGCCUGAUUUUCUUCUGCAAAAUGCUGCGGAAUUCGUUCGGUGUUCUGUACCAAUCCACCACCUUGGCACGUACAAUUCACACUACAGCCGCGUGUAAUGAAAUUCGAAAAUUAGCUCGACUCCGCGUAGUCGACAACAGUGAAAUCGGCAAACGUGCGAUGGCCGAGGGCAAACCACCGAAGUGUAUACACGUUUAUAAUAAACAAAGCGUCGGUCGGAUUGGCGACAAGGUGCUGGUUGCGAUCAAGGGCCAGAAAAAGAAGGGCAUUCUGGUGGGAUGUAAACAGUUUCAGAAGCCGAAAAUUCCUAAGUUCGACAGUAACAAUUUGGUGCUCAUCGACGACAAUGGUACACCGCUGGGGACGCGCAUCCACGUGCCCAUUCCGACCAUCCUACGUACCAUCUUGAAGGAGAAAACUCAGGCAAAAGGAGCAGACUACACAAAAUUGCUCGGCAUAGCAAGUAGAUUUGUUUAAUAAACCAGAACGGUGUUGUAUAACAGGAUUACAGUGUUUACAUUCUU